AUGGUGUUUUAUCCUGCGCCGUGGCUGCCGACACUGCCAGAGAUCCCCGAUACGGUGCCGAUAUGCGAUUUCAUGUUGGAUGAGCAGUACGGGCGACGACCGUUCGCCGAGUCCUGGGACGCGUACACAUGCGGUCUCACUGGCAAGAGCAUCUCUGCGACGCACCAGAAAGAGAGCGUCCGAACGCUGGCACGGGCAUUAUCCAAAGACCUAGGAUGGAAAGUGAACGAGGGCACCGAAUACGACAAGGUCGUUGGUGUCUUUGCGCUCAACACGAUCGAUAUCAUGACCUUGUCAUGGGCCAUCCACCGAAUCAACGGGGUGUCGUCGCCCGCCAACGCAGCUUACAGUGCAGACGAACUACGUCACCAACUCACCAACUCGGGAGCCAAAGCCCUCUUCACGGUCAUGCCUCUGUUGGAGACGGCACUAGAGGCCGCGGCCAAGGCAAACAUACCCAAGGACAAGAUCUACAUAUGCGAGAUGCCAAACGAUCCUCCGGUCCCCAAGGAGUUCAAGACGCUGGGCCAGCUGAUAAAGGAGGGAGAGUCGUUACCAGAGCUGGAACCCAUCAAAUGGACCAAAGGCCAGGGCGCACGACAGGUGGCAUUUCUGUGCUAUUCGAGCGGUACUUCCGGUCUUCCUAAGGGUGUCAUGAUCAGCCACAGAAACGUAAUUGCCAACACGGUCCAGAUAUCCCUGUACGAGAAGUCUACUCGAGACGAUAUUGCACCUGGCUAUAAGGACGUGGUACUUGGUCUCUUGCCGCAGUCACACAUCUAUGGCUUGAUCGUGAUUUGCCAUGCAUCGACCUACCGUGGUGACAAAGUCAUAAUCCUCCCGAAAUUCGACCUGCAGCACUACCUCAACUCGAUCCAGACGUACAAGAUCAACACACUGUACAUUGUCCCACCGAUCAUCAUCGCGAUGGUUAAGCAAACGCAGAUUCUGCAAAAGUUCGACUUGUCGAGCGUAAGGGGAAUCUUCACGGGUGCCGCUCCGCUAGGCGAGGAGACCGCCAAGGAACUGGCCGCCCAAUAUCCCAAGUGGCUCAUUCGACAGGGUUACGGACUUACCGAGACGUGCACGGUUGUGUGCUCGACGACCCCGGCUGAUAUCUGGUUCGGCUCGUCAGGAUGCUUGAUUCCAGGUUACGAGGCCAAGAUCAUGAGUAUUGAAGGUAACGAGAUCACGGGAUAUAACCAGCGUGGUGAACUCUUGGUCAAGUCACCCAGCGUGGUCUUGGGAUAUCUGAAGAACGAAAAAUCGACCAAGGAGACGUUUGUGGAUAUGCCCGAAGGCCGGUUCAUGCGAACCGGUGAUGAAGUCGAGAUCCGAGUGUCGCCAAAGGGUAACGAACAUAUCUGGGUCGUGGACCGAAUAAAAGAGCUCAUCAAAGUCAAGGGUCUUCAAGUGGCACCUGCAGAGCUUGAAUCGUGCCUCCUCAAUCAUCCUGCCGUCGCCGAUUGCGCCGUUAUCCCCGUGCCCGACGAGCGAGCUGGCGAGGUCCCCAAGGCUUUCGUCGUCAAGUCCAAUUCGAUCGGACUGGAAGAGAGCGAUGCCAUGGUCAAGCGCAGUAUUGCCAAACAUGUCGAAAAGGAAAAGGCUCGACACAAAUGGCUUGCGGGCGGUAUCGAGUUUAUCGAUGUCAUUCCCAAGAGUGCAUCGGGUAAGAUUCUCAGACGGCUGCUCAGAGACACAGAAAGAGAGAGGCGCAAGAAGGCCGGCGCAAAGCUGUAA